CUCGUUGAAGAAUCGUCUCUGUCUGCGAGUUUUUUUUUCUUUUUCUUUUUAAAGUCGUCCCCCCUCGUCUCGGUUUCGUCGGACUGGUCUCCAGCACCAUGGACAGCGCCUUGGAAAACCUGGACGCUGCAGGUUUCUUACAGAUCUGGCAACAUUUUGACAAACACGACCACGGCUACAUCGAGUGGCACCAGCUGGACGCCUUCUUCCAACACAUGCUGCAGAAACUUGGGAUGAAGAGGGAGGAGAUCACUGAGGACAAAGUCAGAAGACUGAGAGAAAGAUACAUGUCUGCGUACGACACCGCGUCCGACAGACGUCUCCAGAUCCAGGAGCUGGCCACCGUCAUGCUUCCUGAGGAGGAGAACUUCCUGCUCCUGUUCCGCCGAGAGACGCCGCUGAACAACAGCGUGGAGUUUAUGAGGAUCUGGAGAAGCUACGACACCGACAGCAGCGGCUACAUCUCAGACAUCGAGCUCAAGGGCUUCCUCCAGGACCUGUUCCUCCAACACAAGAAGUCGGUCACCGCUGAGAAACUUGAGGAGUACACGGACACCAUGAUGAAGAUGUUUGACAAGAACAAAGAUGGCCGACUGGACCUGAACGACCUGGCCAGAAUUUUGGCGCUGAAAGAAAACUUCCUGCUGAAGUUUAAGAUGGAUGCCUGCAGCCAGGAGGACAGAAAGAGGGACUUUGAGAAGAUCUUUGCUCACUACGACGUUAGUAAGACGGGCGAGCUGGAGGGCCCUGAGGUGGAUGGAUUUGUGAAGGAUAUGAUGGAGCUGGUGAAGCCCAGCAUCAGUGGAACAGACCUGGACAAGUUCAGGAAAGCCCUGAUGGGUCACUGUGACAUCAACGGGGACGGAAAGAUCCAGAAGAACGAGCUGGCUCUCUGCCUCGGCCUCAAGCUCAGCUAACGCUCUUCACGCGUCCUCCCUCCAUCUCUGUCCAUCCCACUGCAUCAUCCCACUGCUCUGUUCACACUGGAUUUAUUCCUCGUCACAUCCAGAGCCCCUCAUGUAAAGAACUUCCUGUAUUGAUAUCUUUUUCUCCUGUUACCAGGACCUUGUACAUUCUUCUGUUAAAGUUGAACGUAGAGUGCAUUAAACAUUAAACGUGAAUCUGUGUCAGAUAGAAUGAUAACGGUGGAGCUCUGAGGUAUAAGAUGCAAAAAAUGAAAUGUCUGGAUAGUGUCUCCUGACGGUGGUGUUUCUUCAUGACUCAACGGCACGCUGCUUCUUUGUGAUGUGCUAAUAAACUGUCUGAAACGA